AUGAAUACAUCAUAUAAUAGUUAUAGUAACAACUUGAAGCCACUCAAUGGUUUGUUCAAUCAACAACAACGCUUCAAUCCAACACAACCGCUUCAACAUACGAAUGGUCUUCAUCUGUCUGUCGGCAUCAACCCACUAGCUACACAAUUACCAAGUUCCCUGCAAUCAAUUUCACAACAAAAAAUUCCGAAUCUACCAGCCCUUCCCAGUCUUAAAGAAAAAAUUUCACAACAAGACUUAUUGAAACAAAGACUAGUGCAAGAAAACUCAUUGAACAUAAAAAGACUUCAUGAUAAUGCAUUGUUACUCAAAAAAAUGAAAGAGAAACAGGAACAAGAAAUAGAUCAAAUAAGAAAAAAUGAUGAACUAAAGGUCCAACAGAGAGAAGAAAAUGCAAAACUUCCUUUCCAUUUGAAUAUUUAUAAUGAUAGACCUUCAAAAAGAUCUCAAAAACGUUCAAAAAGAAAACAUGAACGAAGAAGAAGAAAAGAACUUCAAAUGGAAGAAUUGUUGGACGAAUUAUACCAUAUAAAUAACUUGUUUAAGACUCAAACGAAGGAAAUAAUAGACCUGUUUCAAACCCAGAUGAAAGAUAUUAACAACAAGUUGGAGACUAUGAACUCGAGGUUGAACAAUACGGAUUACAAGUUGGAAGAUAUCCAUGAUAAUGAUAUGUUCAACCUGAGUCUGACUGAUGAGUUCAUUGAUGAACUUUAG